ACGCGUCGUUACGUUGCUCGUCCUAGCAAGCAGCCAGUUGUAGUUUCCUGACUUCGGAAGGGGCAGUUAGACGAGGAGGCCACUAUGGUGCUGAACCCUGUCAUUUCCAAGCUUGCUGGUAAACUGGUUGUGCUGGCGAGUGCUUCACCUAGGAGACUGGAGAUUCUCCGCAAUGCGGGCUUACGGUUUGAGGUGGUACCAUCCUGGUUCAAAGAAACUCUCGACAAGGGACUUUUCAAAGCACCUCAUGAGUAUGCUGUUGAGACAGCCAAACAGAAGGCCCUAGAGGUGGCCAGGAGGAUGCCUUUUAAACAUCUGAAGACUCCAGACAUAGUAAUCGGAGCAGACACUAUAGUGACUGUAGAUGGCAUGAUACUGGAGAAGCCUGUAGACAAACAUGAUGCUUACAGGAUGCUGUCAAGUUUGAGUGGUAAAGAGCACAGCGUAUUCACUGGUGUAGCUAUAGUCCUCUGCCACGAGAAGGAAAAUGAAGAAGUGGAUUACCAGUUAAUUGACUUCUACGAAGAAACGAAGGUGAAGUUUGCUGAUCUCUCAGAAACUAUGCUGUGGGAGUACAUCAAUAGCGGUGAACCCAUGGACAAGGCUGGCGGCUAUGGUAUUCAGGCUCUCGGGGGUAUGCUUGUGGAGUACGUCCACGGAGACUUCCUCAAUGUUGUGGGAUUCCCCCUCAACCACUUCUGCAAACAACUGGACCUUAUUUACAACCGAAGCACUUCCUCGUCGGAUCAGAAAAGUGAAUCUGUCUGCCUGAGCCACAAUGGUACGCACGCCACCACGAUACUCACUCAGCCCCCGAACAACCUACCACCUCAGUCUGGCCACAGUCCGAAACACAACCUCACAUCCAGCCCCAGACCUAACAGCUUGUCUGCCAGUCAAACACACCACACCCAGAACAGCCCCCCAGCCAGUCCUGUUCAUAAGGUGCAAAGGACCAGUGAAAGUGAAGUGGGUGAAAGUUCCUGGACGUUGGUCAAUAGCCUGUCUAAACAUACAGACAAGUUCCGCGACUGUGAGAAUACACCAUUACCACUGAUGACCAGCAGAGGGCAGGUGAUGGAGCUCAAUGUGACAGAGUGUGAGAACAGUGAACCAAAAAAAGAGGACUUGCAGCGAAUCAUUGAACUGAUGGAUGGAUUCAAAGCCUCAAAGGCACUAUUUACCGCAUCCAAGAUGUGUGUGUUUGACCUGCUACAAAGCAGACCCGGGCUGGAUGCAGGACAGGUGGCCCAGGAGAUCAAGGCCUCUGCAAAGGGGACUGAAUGCCUGCUGGAAGCCUGUGUGUCUCUGGGACUGUUGAAGUGCAAAGAGAGAACAUACCAGAAACCAGCGUACGUGAACACAGAUCUGGCCACGCGUUUUCUGCUGUCAGAUGCUCCUUUUUCGCUGCAGGGCUACAUCUGGCAUUGUAACGACACAGUGUGGCCUCUUUUCUCCCACCUUGAGAGUGCUGUGCAGGAGGGAACAAACCAGCACGAGAAGGCUUUCGGCAAGAAAUCUAAGGAUAUGUUUCAGGAUACCUUCUACAACAAUCAAGCAGUCAAACUGAGAUUCAUGAAUGCCAUGCACAGCAUUGCUAAAGUUACAGGAAAAGCUGUAGCAACGGCCUUUGAUCUCUGCGGUUUUAAAACUGCUUGCGACCUUGGAGGAUGCACUGGUGCCAUGGCCUAUGAGUUUACCAAAGCCCAUCCUGCGUUGUCUGUGACAGUGUUUGACUUGCCGGCUGUCAUUGAGAUGCGUGAGCAUUUCCAUCCUCUGCAAAAAGACAACAGGGUAUCAUUUGUAGCAGGAGACUUCUUUAAAGAUGAGUUGCCCAAAGCAGAGUUGUACAUCCUGGCAAGAAUUCUGCAUGACUGGCCUGAUGAGAAAGUGCAUCUUCUGCUGAGUAAAAUUGCACAUGCGUGUACACCAGGCUGCGGACUCCUGCUAAGUGAGAUCUUCCUGGAUGAAGACAGAAAUGGUCCGAGUCGUGGGCUGCUCCAGGCUCUCAGCAUGAGCGAGGGGAAACAGAGGAGCGCCACAGAAUACAGUCUGCUUUUGAAGAACCAUGGUUUCAUAACGGCAAACAUCAGACAUACAGACAACCUCCUUGAUGUUAUGCUCUGCAUCAAAGUAUGACUGACAACACCCUCAACAAUACUACAUGGAAGGAUGUGCACUGCUCAUAGCUGAGACCAUGUUGGAUGGACAGACAGCCUACUCUGCUCUGCAGUCUCUGAACAUGCUUGCCCAGACUGAGGGGACAGAGAGGACAGAACGCCAGUAUACGGACUUGCUGAGCAAACAUGGAUUUGGGGACACACGUGUGGUUCACACUACAAACUUCCUUGAUGCUUUUAUUGCCAUUAAAAUGUAGCAUGUGAAUCAUGCACACUAAA